ACUCCGGUCAGGCGGCGCCACGGCGACUUGACGUGCGCGCGCCGAACGAGUUGUUUCUUAUCUACCGUCGUCGUCGUCGUCGUCGGCCGCCGAUUUUUUUUUUACCGACUAUGAUAUUAUUAUAUCAAUAUUAUAAUGUCGGUGUGCACUUUUUCGUGUCUGUCCGUACGACGCCCGACCGAGUCGGGUCGUCACGACUUCAUACACCGACCGCGGCCACGAGAGCUUUUUCAAAAGUCCUACGACAACACCGCCGGGAGUCCCGCUUGUUACGCGACGUGUACCGCGAGUCCCUCCUCCGCCGGUCGGUCAACCCGUUCGCGGGUUUUUUUCAGCAACGGUCAACGACACGCGGCGUGUUGCCGCCGCCGGCUACUGGCGCACGUGCGCUUUCCACGAAAAAAAAAAAAAUGUAUCAUUACAAUGUGUGCGCACUCAAAUUUUUGGGAUAGUGUCAAAAUGUUUUUAUAUAAGAAUGCAGAAGAAUUAAAUAAAUUACUUAUAAGAAACAAAGACAUGAGUAUGUUGUUGAAUGAACAAGAUAGAAGUACUUUAGAUAAUUUAAUCAAUGAAUUAUCUAAAGAUAUUAAUUCAAAUUUACUAAAGACUAUUUUGGAACUUCAGGAGAAUAAAUAUUCCAUUGAAAUAAUUUGGCAACUACAUACAAAACAAAUUGUUGACUUUACAGAAUUUAUCACAUGUUAUAAGUGGGAUCUUGAUCAUAUUGUUAAAACCCUGCUUUGUAUGUCUGAAUCAAAGGAAAAGCUAUGUCAAGACAUUUUGACAGAUUUAUUGGGUAGUUUAUUAAUUUUAUUGUCUGGAGAGCCUAACCAUAAAUUUGAUCAACACAUACAAAUUAUUCAACAGUUUUUAACUCAAUCAAGUUUAAUAAUCAUAAGAAAUCAUGAUGGAUGGUUGUAUUUGAAAAAUCUUAAAUGUUCACCUUAUUUAACAAACUCGACAAUUCAAAAAAUAUUAAAAAUAAUAUUAAAAAACAUGCUUAUAGCUGAUGUUGAUUUUCAUUUGAAUAUUGCAUAUGAACAAUAUAGAUUGUAUAAAACUCCAGAUUCUGUUUUCAACAUGCUCAAAAUGUUUAUAGAUGAAAUUGCUGAAGAUGUUAUUUAUAUAUUGAUUCAAAAUGUCUUAACACAACAUUCAGAAAAAGCCAAUUGGAAAUUGAUACUAUCCUUAAUAUCUACUUUUGUAAAAACUAAACCUGAUAGAUGUCAUAUGUUAAAAUUGAAAUUAGAAGAUUUUUUCAAUCAAACAUUGUCCCAAUCGAUUACAGAAAAAAGUUUCUUAAUGCAAAAAGGUGCUUUAUUAAUUUUUCGUCAUUGUUGUUUGGAAAUUGGUCUUUGGUCAGAAUACAACAGAUGGUACAGUUCAUAUAAACCAAAUGUUGAUACUGCUAAAGUAUUCUACUCUUUGCUCACUGAACUAUUGCCUAUUGAUGUACCGGCCGCUUUAGCAGCCCACAUUAAUACUCAACCUAAACUAACAGAAUCCUGUGGAGAUGUACAGUCAGUUUAUGUAAAAAGAGCCCAAGCCCAACUAAUAAAAAUAAACCACGGAGAAGAUUACAUGGGUCUGUUUAAAAAUUACGAUGAUUGUCAGAACCGUCAUGAAUCAGACAUUGUCAAGGUGCUUGAAUCUUACAAAUCAACUGGUCAAAUAAUGCGAGUUGUUUUAGAAGCAUGUGUUUUCAGAAAUAAAUAUUUUACUGGUACAUUUCUUAAGACUUUGAUGAAUACCCAAUUGGUAGAUGAUGAGUUACGAAACAGUUUUAUUGAAAAAUUAAAUAGUAUGAAUAAAAUUCCUAAAAAUAUGUAUACUAAAUGGAAACAAGAACAAAAAAGCGUGUAUUUUUCAUAAACUUGACGUUUCUUGUAUUUGCUCAAUAAAAAUUAAGUUGUUCUAUAGUA